UCCUCCCUCCUUUCCUCCCUCCUUCCUGUUUUCAUCUCUCCCUCUCUGGCUCCUCUGGAUGAUAGUCAUUGUUUGUCUUCUCUUCGUUGGGGCAGCCUCAUCUCUCCUGAAGGAUGUCGGGCCUUCUGACUGCUAACUCCAGCUCUGUGCUCCUCCUGCUGUCUCUCUCCCUGGCCCUCCUCCUUCUUCCGGCGCUGCCGCUGGACGCUAAGUCACUGUCCGCUGCUCGUGGCGUGGGGGGGCGUGGUCUGGACGCCACAGGAGGCGGGGUCAGGCAUUUCCGCCGAGAUCUCCGUGAUUCACUGCCGUACGAGGCCGGGAUGAUGUCCUAUCCUGGCGAGUCGGCUGACGUCCUGACCCGGCGGGGGGGCAACGAGCUGCUCUAUCAACCAGAGGAGUGGAGGGGGCAGGGCUUAAGCCAUGCUGUGCAGCAAUUGGUGGAGAACGACGAGAGGCAUGAACAGGAAACGGCGUACCUGGCCGGGUUGCUCCGCCUCCUCAGUGAAGCUGAAGGAGCUGCCGGAGAGGAGGGAGGUGAGGAGGACCAGGGGCCAGGGGACUUCCAAGGGCCCUAUACCCGUGACUACGACGAGACAGAGCAGGGCAUGAGAAUGGGAAAGCCCCAGGCUGCAGCUCCAUGGCAGGGCCUACUGGACCCCCAGCUCACCCAGGCUCUGCUCAACAGAUACAGGCAGGAGAGGUUGCAGCAGCAGCCCGGGUUACCAGGUCUACCAGCCACCAUCAACAGGCUUACAGAUGACAGGCUGGAAACAGGCAGCCAGGACCGAGACCAGGAGGCUCUGAGAUACCUCGUGACCAAGAUCCUGUCCAACAUUAGUCCCAACAACCCCCAGGGUUCGUCAAGCCGCCGGGCGAGGAGGGACCUGGUGUCUGUAUCUGGUGGUGGGGGUGGAGGGGUCAGAGCAGCCUCAGAACCAGUCUUCCACAGGUCCCGUCGCUCCCUGGUCUCCCCUCCUACUCCUUCCCCCAGCCGGGAGCCCUCUCCGGGGCUUCUGAGGGUCAAGAGGCUGGGGUACAUGGAAGAGGGCCCUGUAUGGCUUGGGGGAGAGAGGGAGGGCCACAAGACCCCAAACCAUGCUGUGGGGUUACAGAGGAUGAAGAGGAUCGACGCCGAACUACAGGCCCAGCCUGGUGGGAGGCCCAGCCGCAGGAGAAGAGCCCUGAACUACGACCCCCAAGCCCUAACCCACGACCCCGAGCUGCUGGUCCAACACAUCCUACACUACCUGCCACAGUAGAGAGGGAGAGAUAGAGAGACAGUGAGAGAGACGGAGAGAGAGAAACAGAGAGAUGGAGAGAGAGACGGAGAGAGAGAUCGAGAUAGAGAAGCAGAGAGAUGGAGAUAGAGAAACAGAGAGAUGGAGAGAAACAGAGAGAGAUAUGGAGAGAGAGAAACAGAGAGAGAUAGAGAGAUGGAGAUAGAGAGAGAAACAGAGAGAGAUAGAGAGAGAUAUGGAGAGACAGAGGGAGAGAGAGCGAGAUAGAGAGAUGGAGAUAUGGAGAGAGAUAUAGAGGGAGAAAGAGAGAGAUAGAGAGAUAGAGAGAGAUAGAUGGAGAUAUGUAGAGGGAGAAAGAGAGAGAGAGAGAGAGAGAUAGAGAGAGAUAGCCUCAUGCUUAUUACCAGUAUAGUAACACCUUCUAACACUCUAUAUAUUAUAAUAUUCAUAAACGUCUUUGAAAUAAAGCUUCAAUCAAAAUA